UUGAUAACGUGACAUUUCGUAAACAUUAAAAUAAUUUGUGAUUUCAUUUAUAAACUCUGUUACUCUAAUAAACACAAUAAAUAAUUAAUUAUAAAUUCAAUUACAAUGGCAUUUAUGCCGAUAAGGUUGGUGCGCUGUUUAGCGCUUCAGAAAAAUUCAUAUUGCACUUUAUUGCAGAGAUCAUUGGCAUACAAAAGUUCCAUAUCUCUAGACACCUUAUAUCCAAAUAGCUCACUGAAGCUGAGCACUCCAUCAUUCACUCCAAAUCCAAAUGAGAAGUUCUCUGGUUAUGUUCCAAUUGAGAAGUUAGAUAUAACCUACAGUGCUAGCUCGGGUCCAGGUGGACAGAAUGUUAAUAAAGUUCAUACAAAGGUUGAUUUAAGAUUUAAAGUAAGUGAGGCGGACUGGAUUCCACAAGAGAUACGGGAAAAAAUACUGGAAAUGCAUGGCAAUAAGCUGACCAAGGAGGGUUAUAUCGUCUUCCGGUCAGACACCACACGCUCCCAGCAGCUAAAUCUGGCCGACUGCCUGCAGAAGUUGAGAACACUCAUACGUAAUGCUGCAGUUUCGGAGAGAAAACCCUCUCCAGAGACAGAAGAACGGAUAAGGCAGAGACACCUGCGCGCGGCCCGGCUGAGGGUGACCCUGAAGCGAGAGGAGAGCGUGCGCCGGGAGCUGCAGCGACCGCCACCUCGCCUGGACUUAUGAUUCUUUCAUUAAAUUGGGCACCAGUAUUGUGGUAGCACCAGUGCUGUGGUAACACCACUCUUUGCUAUUCCAUAAUAUUACAUGCAUCAACAGUUCAUUGAAUUAAGCGCAAUUUUGUUUUAGAAUUUAGAUCUUGCAAAGCUUAGUUUGUACACCAAGAAUAUAAAUAUAAAUAUUGCAUAAUGUAUCUAAUAUAUAUGUACAACCGCAUCCCAGUCGCUAACUACGACACGCCAAAAACUUGGAUAUCAUCUGAGAAAUUUUGUGCCACAUGGAAACUGUGGAAUGAUCUUCCUUGCGCGAUGUCUGACCUCGCAGGACGAUACGACAUGCUUCUCUUACAUACAAUGAGUUAGUUAUAGAUGUGGCCGACUCCACUUGAUUGUGGUGUGGAUGAGGACAGCUGUUAGUUACUUAGGAGAUGUUUUGUUAUCUAUAAUAAUGUAAUAUUAUAUAUUGGUAAGAUUGUGUAAGAUUUAGUCACAUAGAGUACGAACUGUUGAUGUGUGCCCAAUUUAAUACAAGAAAAAGUGUAAAAUGUAUACCUAAUAGGAAUGUAAUUAUAUACCUACUACUUAAAAUAUAAUUACCUAAAAUGAAAA